CGUACUCUGCGAUUAGGGAAUGGCGGCCGGCGGGCCUCUGGACACCUAACGACAAGUUGAAUGAAGGCCCCCACCAAUAACACAAAUGCUUCCGAAAAACGGUCUCAAGGGUGUAAAGACCGAGGUUGCCGAGGAUGCCUUUACACGCACGCCACACCGAGGAGUAAAGAGGCCGCAGAGGAACCAUGUAGCACGCAAUGGGAAGACCGAUGGGGUAGAAGUAGAAAGACCUCACACGAGAGGCAAGUAUGCUCAAAGCGGUCCCAACACCAGAAGUAGGUCCAGAUCUUCUGAACUCAAACAAGUUUCUGGUAGAUUAAAUUUACUUUGUAGCACUUGUUGGAAUCCAGCUGGGCAUUUGUCUAAAGCACAGACCACAAUAAAAGUGAAAAAGGAGUCGGAGCAGAAAGUAAACCGUCGCCGUAAAGGCUCGGCGCCGCGUGCUGCUUGCCCAAGGCCCCGGCGAGGCGCGAGUGCACACGUACACACUGAGAGAGGCGCCCGGGCUCUGUCUUCCUCCGAGGGGUCACCGAAAACGUACCGCUUGAAAUUAGAUCUCACCAAAACGUCUAGUAUCGGUGGCGAUGUGGACGACCUAGUUAUAGACAGUAUUGGUCGCAAAGUAAAGCCGGAACGAUCUGGGAGGUUCAGAUCGCUGAGGGCCGCCUGGUGUCAGCCACAGGUCGCAACGGCAGAUCCCGCCCGAGUCCUUAAAAGAAAACAAAUACAUCUCACUGGAAUCCCAAGUAAGGUUCAUUAUGUGCAGUAUCUACCACACUAACGCAAUUCUUCAACGUUUCAGAAACAGACAAGUUUAGCUGUAAGCUGUGUUGUGUCUAGAUAUCAAUGGCCAUGGCAGCAUGAUUAACAGUGAGUUGAUAGAUAUGGACACUAGAGGCCACAGAGAAGUGAUAGAGAAACCGCCCAACUCCCCAGCUGGCAGUCCGAGGCAUGGUCUAGGGGAGAAUAUGGCAAUUCAAGAGGAAACUACUGACCCCUCGGACAGCGAACCAGAAGACGCAGGAUUUUCAUGCCAAAGAGCAAGAGUCCAUUUGAAGGAAAUGUACUGGUCGUGUGCACGCACAUACAUGCCCUGGCCCUUCUCUAACGGGGGUCCAAAGAUUUCCAUUCCUCUCUCAAGUCCCAGUGUUAGUGAAAGCGCAACAACCUCCACGCUAUUGAUUUCUGAACCUGAGGAUGGAGGCCUUCUCCCAGCGAUGCCUUGUUUCUUGCCACUUGCAUUUGCUAACCCAAACAAGGAUGCCCCGUCGCCAAACUCCUUAGUUUCCUCGCACGGACAUGAGGUCCGUGCUGCUGACGAUUCACCAUGGCACGAUGAAGAAAAGGACAUGGAUUCAUCAAGUUCUACUCAUUCCUCCACGCUUUCACAGAAUUAUGAAACUUUUUCUCCAUGUAACUUCAAUAUUAUGACUUCAGAAAAACAAGACACUAGAGAGGUCUUGUUGCACAGUGUUCCAGUGGAACCGUGGUCAAAGAUUUACAUGGAUCCUUCUCUCCCUCGGCCACUGCUCUCUCCUCUCUCCUCACCGACCAAGCCGUCCUACACAAGACUCCUGCCAAACCAGAGGAGCCAAGAAACCAAAGUUUCUGUUGCGUCCUCUUUGGAUUUUAGGACAGACGUUCUUGAUGAGAUCACGGCCUACGAGAACGAUAUACUACUCGUUAAAGUGGUCCAGGAUGACCCAGAUCUGUUUGAUAACCUGCCUAAGCAGAGCAUGUUAAAACCGGGCCCUGCACUUCAAGGGUCACCUAAAAUCCCACCCGGGGGAUUCAUGUCUCGAGCUGGCAGAGCUUUGUUUGAGGCCAAAAAAAGAGUUACUUCAGCACCAGUCCAGUUCUACGUGAGAUCUUUAUUUGCUGAUCCAAUUGAAGAAGAGAGCGAUAGCAGACCGUGGCGUGCCGAACGUUCCACUCCUUCCCCGACGGCAAGCAACAGCUGGCCCACAACCAACCCAGUUGUUGGACCCACAACCAACCCAGUUGUUGGACCCACAACCAACCCAGUUGUUGGACCCACAACCAACCCAGUUGUUGGACCCACAACCAACCCAGUUGUUGGACCCACCACCAACCCAGUUGUUGGACCCACCACCAACCCAGAUGUUGGACCCACCACCAACCCAGUUGUUGGACCCACCACCAACCCAGUUGUUGGACCCACCACCAACCCAGUUGUUGGACAGAACAAAUUUGACACCAACAACAACCAAACCGGGGACACCUCUGAUUGGCCCCUGACUAUUCAGGCAAACAAACCCCUGUUUAAUUUGUUUGGAUCCAAGGACUCUGACAAUGGAGUGGUGCAGCCAGCAGGGCAUAGGUUGAAAAUCCGAGAGGACCUGCAGGUUUUAAAGCGGCAUCAGUCUACAACUUACUGUAAGUUUUACUUCAGUGAGAAGCAGUCGUGUUACUACAAAUUCUGCCGAUUCCCACACUCGCCUGUUAAAGGGGAUGAAAAGUUUUGUAUGGAGACUGUCCUACGAUUUACCAAGAAUCAACUGUGCUUGCAAAAAGCAAGUACUGUGUUUGUAGAGUACUACCAGAAGAACUCUCCUGGGGUGUUUUUCUCCCACCACGUGAUGACGUGUCUUCUGUGGUCGCUGCUCAAGGCUGGCCUCUUCACAAGCAUCCUCUCAGUCCUCAACCGCGUCGUCGCACACCAGAUCCCACCGGUACCAGAGUUCCUGCUGGAGCUCUUCAAUGUUGUGCGAGAACAGGACCUCAAUGCAAUCCUACCUGAACUCACAAGGAUCACAUCCCAGAUUUCAAUGUCGGCCCUGCCGGCGAGCAUGGACAAUGCCCAGAUGAGUCCCGAUAUCCACGGCAACACUCUAUUGGUGACGGCAGACAUUUCUGUACUUCAAAGGUUCUCCCCCCCACUCACCACCACCACCCCAAGCAAUGGCUUCCCUGAAAGUCUGAACCUGGCCAACACCCUUGUGGAAGUGGAGCUCUGCAUCAAGCUGGAGAACUGGCCACGGCUGGGCUCGGUGUUCAGGAGGGUGUGCCAGUCCGGACUGCGCCCCUUGGACCUGGAGCAGCUCAGCGGGCGCAUCACCGUAGCCCUCCUGUCCGAGGCCAGCGGCAAACUGGCCAUUCCCUUCGCCGUCUUCACGGACAUGGUCUCACAGGAGGGCGUCGAUGACCUCAUGAAGACCACCCUUGGUCGAAUAGGGGUCUCCCUCAUGCUUAGAUACUACAAAACCCACCAGUGGGAGAAGGGUCGGCGAGUGGUGGAGAUUCUGUCCAGCAUUCAGGUUGCCUUCUCGACUCUGAAAGUCUUCUUUUGCAACAAGCGCGCUGUUUCUCGCUGCUCCCUGAUCACCAUGGCUUCCAAGCUCUUCCUGCGGAGCGGCAGCAUAGAGGGUGCGCUCAACACACUCAGAGACAAUGAGUGGUUCCUGGCCUCCUGCUCGUGGCCCUGUAGGCCUGAGGACCUGGAGGAACGCACCCAUCUGCUGCUGCGGCUGGCAGAGAGCACGGCCCAAAGGGACGCGCUGGAGAUCCUCUCAAACCUCCCGGGCCUCAAAGAGCCCAACGAGUCUGUGGACAUCUCCCAGUACGGAGCCGUGUUCAACGCUCACCUGCAGGAGUGCAUGGCGAAGCGGAUGCUGCCCAUGGCGUCAGACGUGGCGGAGCUGAUGCUGUGCAAGCAGCUGGAGGUGCAGGCGGGCCUGCUGCAGACCCUCCUCGACAAACUGGGCAAGCAAAGCCCCUGGCACCGCGCGCGGGAAAUAUUUGUCCGUGCGCUGAACGCCGGCUACUACCCCGAAGUCGCCGCGUCUCGGGGCCUUCAGUCCCUGUGCGUCCCCCCGACCCUGGGAGAGAUGGAGAUGGCUCUCUGCCUCGAGAUGCUCAUGUCCACCAACCUCUCCUUGGAGCUCCAACCGGCGGUCCUCUGCAUCACCGUCCAACGGAGCGUCACCUGCGAGAGGGUUUAUCUGUCGGCCAGCAACCGGCUCCUCUCGGCGGCGGCCGUCCUCCAGCCCAGGCUGACGCUUCACUACACCGCCAACAACUCCUCCCAGGAGCAUGAGUUCACGCUGGACACGCCCUCGGCGCGCACCUGGCUCAAGCAAAACCGCUCGUGGGCCAGCGGGAUGUGGAGCCGCCUCUCCUAGCGGUCACCCCAGCUGGCACCUCCCCUUCCACUGCCCCGCCUGCGGCCACGCUCGCCGAUCAAACCCCUCCUCGACGUACUCUCAUUCCGAGCCGGGAGAAGGCGCCUGCAUCCCCCCUACGAGGGCCCCAGGAAUACCAGACACGGAGUCAUGGUAUUAAAGAAGAUGAAUGAAGGAUUGUGUGUUAGGCCGAGGACUGUGCUGCGUAUUUGAUACUUGGUCGUGCAGCAUGAAAUGGUUUCCUUUAUUUGGAUUUAUUUCGUCUUUUACAAUUAUUUUCCAUAACCAAUAUGGAUUCCUUUUCAUUUGCUGUUAAAGGUUGCAUAGUUAUGUGUAAUGUAAUAGACAGAGUUGGUUCAUGUUUAUGCAUAUUUGUUUUAAGGUUACCUUUAGAAUUCUGUUGAAUACACUGCUGUGACAGUUCACUAAUCCUGGCUUCUUUUGUAGGACGGUUUUUUAAUAAACGUAUUCAAUUAAU